AUGGCUGUAGACGCGCAAGAACUUGACCACUCUACGCAGAUACAUGCAUAUCUUCGGUCAUGGCGGUUGGCCGUGGUGAUUACCUCCUUGUGUCUCGGCAUAUUUCUACUUGGACUGGACAUGAAUAUCAUCGGAGUCGCCAUUCCUCGCAUCACAACCGACUUCCAGUCACUGAAUGACAUUGCCUGGUACGGCUCAGCAUAUCUGUUGACCAUAACCGCUUUCCAACCCUUCUUUGGCAAUCUCUACAAGUAUUUCGAUGCGAAACGGACGUACUUGAUUUCACUGAUAUUGUUCGAAGUGGGCUCGGUAAUCUGUGCAUCAGCUCGAUCGUCAGCGGUACUUAUCUUUGGACGCGCGUUUCUAGGAUUCGGCGCGGCCGGCUUGCUGCAAGGUGCUUUAGCUAUCAUCGGUUUCGCUGUUCAAUUGGAUAAGGUACCGCUGUACCAAGGAGUGGUUGUGAGCUCCCUGGGUAUUAGUGUUUGUGUUGGGCCGAUCCUCGGUGGUGCCCUCACUGAUCGUGCCAGCUGGAGAUGGUGUUUCUGGAUGUGA